AGAUGACACGAAUAAGGAGGAAGAUGAAGAUGAAGAAGAAGCAGAGGAGGAGGAAGAAGACGAGGAGGAGGAGGAAGACAACAAUAACCAUGAGGAGGAAGAGUUUGAAUGCUAUCCACCGGGCAUGAAAGUCCAAGUGCGGUAUGGCAGAGGGAAAAAUCAAAAAAUGUAUGAAGCUAGUAUUAAAGAUUCUGACAUCGAAGGUGGAGAAGUCCUUUACUUGGUGCACUACUGUGGAUGGAACGUGAGGUACGAUGAAUGGAUAAAGGCAGACAAGAUAGUGAGACCAGCUGAUAAAAAUGUACCGAAAAUUAAGCAUCGAAAGAAAAUAAAGAAUAAACCGGACAGAGAGAAGGAAGAGAAGUGUUCUCCUAAAAACUGUAAACUGCGACGCUUGUCAAAGCCGCCCUUCCCCGCCAGCACAUCACCGGAGACUGGGUCCAAACUUGACAGCGCUGAAGCCAAAAAUGCUGAUCAAGCUGCAGUGCAAUCAAUAGAAAUUACUUCUGUCAUUAAUGGGCUACAAGCUUCUGAAAGUUCUGAUGAUAGUGAGCAGGAAGAUGACCAGAGUGCCCUGAACAUACGUGCUGAUGGCAAAGAGGAAACUCAACCUGCAGCCGUGAGCCAAGAGCAAAGUGAGCUCUGUCUGAAAGACGUAGAGAGUGGGUCAUCCCUCCCGGAAGGAACGAAAGCUCUGGCAGAGGUAGUAGCGCCCAAGUCGGGAUCCAAGUCUCCUGAAAGAUUGCGAAAAGAGCUGGAAGAGUUAUCUGAAGAGAGCGACUCUGAUGGAGAAGAUGAAGCCACGAAGAAGAGAAAGGAGGUGAAGAAAGAGGUAGCAGAUAAACCAGCAAAACCACCCGGAAAACGUGUCAAGCGGAGAUACUGUUCUGCAGAGGAAUCCUCAAAGACUGUAUCACCUAACAGAAAGGAUGAGAAGUCCAAACCCAAAGACUCCGGUAGCUUAGAGAACAGCAGCAACAGCUCCUCGGAUGACGAUGGGGAAGACAAAUCUAAGCUGAAAAUCACUCCAACUAAGAAGUACAAUGGACUAGAGGAGAAAAGGAAGUCUUUACGGGCAAGUACUUUCUACUCGGGAUUUUCUGAAGUUGGAGAGAAGAGGAUAAAGCUUCUAAAUAACUCUGAUGAAAGACUCCAGAACACGAGAGCCAAGGAUCGGAAAGAUGUCUGGUCAAGCAUUCAGGGACAGUGGCCGAAGAAAACACUGAAGGAACUGUUCUCCGACUCUGACACUGAAGCUGCUGCCUCCCCUCCGCACGCUGCUCCCGAGGAUGCUGCAGCAGGGGAGCAGCUUCAGGCUCUUGCAGAAGAAGACAUGCCUUUGCCAGGCUCUGAACGUGGAAAAUCGUUGCCACCUAGCGUGGAAGUGAAAGCCGUUGAGGAGAAAGCAGGUGAAGUGUGUGACAAGAAGGUUGAGUUUCCAAGCAGUGGCAGUAACUCAGUGCUAAAUACUCCUCCUACGACUCCUGAAUCGCCUUCAUCUGUAACUGUAACGGAGUCCAGUCGACAUCAGCCCAGCGUCACCGUCUCCGAGGCGCUGCCACCACAUCAAGAAGAGAUACGAAGCAUUAAAAGCGAAACAGACAGCACGAUAGAGGUGGACAGUGUUGCAGGGGAGCUGCAAGACCUCCAGUCUGAGGGAAACGUUUCUCCCACGGGUUUUGACGCCAGCGUCAGCUCCAGUAGUAGCAAUCAACCAGAGCCCGAGCAUACUGAAAAAGUCUGUACAGGCCAAAAAAGGCUUAAAGAUGCUCAAGGAGGAGGCAGCUCCUCAAAGAAGCAGAAAAGAAGCCACAAAACAUCUGUGAACAACAAGAAGAAGAGUAAAACUACAAACAGCAGCGAUAGUGACGAACUGUCCGCUGGUGAAAGCGUGUCCAAGUCUCAGUCGGCAAAAUCGGUUUCUGCUGGCAUGAAGUCUCAUCAAACCAAAUCACCCGCAAGAACACAAUCUCCAGGGAAGUGUGGGAAAAAUGGAGAGAAGGAGUCUGAUCUCAAAGACCAGAAUAAUCGUUUGCCCAAAGUUUACAAGUGGAGUUUCCAGAUGUCUGACUUGGAAAACUUGACUAGCGCUGAGCGCAUAACGGUUCUCCAAGAAAAACUGCAGGAAAUCAGGAAACAUUACUUGUCCUUGAAAUCUGAGGUGGCUUCCAUUGACCGGAGGAGAAAGCGCUUGAAGAAAAAAGAGCGGGAAAGUGCUGCUACUACGUCAUCUUCCUCCUCAUCACCUUCCUCUAGUUCCAUUACAGCGGCGGUUAUGUUAACUUUAGCAGAACCGUCCAUGUCAAGUUCAUCGCAGAAUGGAAUGUCAGUUGAGUGCAGGUGACAGCAGGACUUGCCAAAGCACUUUGCACUUAACGGCUGCUGAGGGCCACUCUUUCUUUUCCUUUUUUCUUUUUUUUUUUAUACUGCACAGUGGCACAAAAUUCAGACAAGCACUAUUUUGUAUUUAAAGUUGUUUCUUGACAAGCUAACUUUGCACUUAAGUGCACUUUUCUGAAGAAAAAGUACAACAAACUGCUUUUCCUCAAGCAAUAAUUGUUUCCAACUUGUCUGGGAAUUGUAAGUGACUGAAGGCCUUCCACUGUGGCCAAUGGAGGCUGUUGACUGAGAGGCAGCGCGAUGCGCGCGUUGUUGUUGGGUUGACCUAAAGAGAUACGGUAAGGCUUACUGUAUUCCCUGGUAUUUUGUUAAAGCUGGAACGUUUGAUAUUUUUCCAUUUAUUUAUGACAAAUAUUGAACCUAUUUUCAUUUGUACAAGCUAAUUGUUUUUUAACUGCCAAGUCACCUUCGAGUGGCUUUAAUUGUAUACGUCAAGCACAUGCGUUCAAUUCAAAACCUGCGGUUAGUGGGACGUUUGACAUCGGUCCUGAUAGCCGGAUAUGAGGAUUCCUUUAAAAAAAAAACCCAAGAAAAAAGACUGACCAAUGUUUACAGGUUUGAAUUAGGCUUAAAUAGGUUACUCUGGGUUUUAAUAACCCGUUAAUUGGAAUGAAACUACUGUACUUUGCCAUUUUUCUAUAAAACAGUAUUUUUUUUUAAUUUUGAUAAAAUACAUUAUGAAAAAGGAAGAAAAUGGCUAACAAACUGUAUUAAAUCUUAAUGUAUAAAGAUUGUAUUUAGCCAGUUUAAAGUGUAUAUUUAUUCAUAACGGAUUAUAACAGUUAUAUUUUUGUGUUUUCUUGUAAAUGUUUCUUUUCCCUUAAAGCAACAAAUAUUUCAUUUGUAAUGCUUAUUUUAUUACGAGCUUCAAGGAGAGGACUUAAAGACGGAGUAAGAUGUGAGGUUAUAAUUUGUGGUUGCUGAUGCGAACACUGCCACGAAUGGUGGUGGUUUUUAAAAUAAAUAGCUAGCUGAGUGGCAGACAUUUAAUUUUUUAAAUGCCUUGUACAAAUUCCAAACCCAACUCAAACCGUUUUCACUGGUAUUGAUUUUAUGUUGUAUGGACCCCAAGCUCCCUCCUGUUAAUGAUAUACCUUUGUAAGACAUUUGUAUAUUGCGGAAGUGUUCACUCAAGCUAUUUAAUACCUGGCACUGUUCAUACACAGUACUUUAUUGUACAGAUUGGUUUACUGUUUUAAUGGUAGUUCUGUGUACUUCUUUUGCCUGGGGAAAUAGGGGCUGGCAUGUUUUUCUUUGUUUUCUGGCAAUACGACAUGUAAGAAUUCAAAGCAUUUUGUUUGUAGAUGCUAGAGUGUCAGAAUCUUUACAUUUGACUUUUCUAAGAAAAGCAUUUUCAGUCUUCGUAGUGUGUGCUUAAGGUGAACUGAUUUUAUUGAAAAUGGUUUCAGAGUAUUCAGAAUUGUACAGGACUGUAAAAAUUUGUUGACAGACAUUGAAGGAAAAGCUUAUAGAAAAAAGCUAUAAAAUAUAUAUUAGGUUCUGCCGAAAAUGGAGAAUUAUGUAAUAUAUUGUACAAAUGUAAGCAAAGGCCUCUGAAAUAAAAUGCCAUAGUUUGUGA